AUGGAUAACGCGCCCCAAACAAAAGAUACGUUCGAUUUUACUAAUAUAUUUCCCCAGUGUCAAGAUGGUUUUCAGUGGAUAAAUUUUACACCUCAUGGUGAACUUCCUGACAAGUUAACAAGUUUGUGUAGUGACUUUAACCUUAAUUAUAGAACUUCUCAUAGUCCUCAUCCUUUUGUUACAGAUUGCCGACUUGUUACAUAUUAUUUAAAGCAUAUACAAAAUAAAGAAAAAAAUAUUAUUUUAAAUGCAUGCUGUAAAUAUUUCUUUUACAAGCUGAAAAAUCUGCUGAAAAAAUUUCCAUCAACAUGUCAAGACACAAAGAGUUGUUAUGAAGCAAUAAAGAGCUUAAGCUGCCAGAAGAAAUUCAAUGAACAGAUUUCUCCAUUAUUUUCGCUAUGUGAUAGUAAAGUUAGUGAUUCAGUUGAAAAGAUAUUUCAUAUAUUUGAAAGGAUUGAUUAUACUUAUGAUAAUUUAAGCUUAUUAAUAAGCAACAAGAGAAAUCCUGUCGAUUCGAAAUUUAAAAAUUUUAAAAGUGGGAUGAAUUAUUUAGAAGGAUUUCAUAAUAUGUAUAACGACAGUUUUAAAGAAUUACUUAUAAAUUUUAAUAAUUAUUAUUUAGAAUAUGUAAAAAAAUUAAAUCAAAAUGAUUCCUCUGUUAAGGCAUUCAUGAGUUAUCGAAGUAAUGAUGGAGAUAUUACAGGAGUAUUGAAGGUACUAGAUAAAAAGCCACAAAUGCACGCAAUAACAGGUACAGAUACUGCUAUAGAUACUAGUACAGUUUCUAUUACAAACAAUGGUGCCCAAAGAAGUACAGGAAUAUGUUUUUUAUUCUUCACAAUAUUAAUAAUUAUGUUCAUAUUGUAUAAGGUUAAAAAUAA